AUGAGAAAUCACACAGCAAUAACCACAUUCAUCCUUCUGGGAUUGACAGAUGACCCACAGCUGCAGAUUCUACUUUUUAUACUUUUACUUAUCACCUACAUGUUGAGUGCUGUUGGAAACCUGACCAUCAUCAUUCUCAUCUUUGUGGAUGCCCACCUUAAAACUGCCAUGUACUAUUUCCUGCAAAACUUUUCCUUCUUAGAAAUCUCAUUCACAUCUGCCUGCAUCCCUAGAUUCUUGUACAGUAUAGCAACAGGAGAUAGAACCAUUACCUAUAACUCUUGUAUAUGUCAGCUAUUUUUUGCAUGCCUAUUUGGAAUAACAGAAUUUUUUCUUCUGGCAGCCAUGUCUUAUGAUCGUUAUGUAGCCAUCUGCAAACCCCUUCAUUACAUGACUAUCAUGAAUCCCCUGGUCUGCAAAAGACUUAUUUCUGGCUGUUGGAUUACAACACUUGUGCUCUUAAUCCCACCACUUGGCUAUGGACUGACACUGGAAUUCUGUAACUCUAAAAUUGAUCACUUUAUUUGCGAUUCUAAUGCUCUUAUGAGGAUCUCAUGUUUUGAUACAGAAUUCAUAGAGAAGUUGAUUCUUGUCUGUUCUGCGUUUAUCCUACUAGUGACUCUCAUGUUUGUGGUUUGGUCCUAUGGAAGUAUCAUUCAGACAAUUCUUGGGUUCCCCUCUGCUCAGCAGAAGAAAAAGGCAUUUUCCAUCUGUUCCUCCCACAUGAUUGUGGUUUCUAUAACUUAUGGCAGCUGUUUAUUUAUCUAUAUCAGACCUUCUGCCAAAGAUGAAAUGCUCACUAAUAAAGGAGUAUCGCUAUUAGUUACGUCCUUAUCCCCCAUGUUAAACCCAUUUAUUUAUUCUCUGAGAAACAAACAAGUAAAACAGGCUUUCAGUGACUUUUUAAAAAAAUUACUACACUUGGAACCACAAAGGUAUCACAGGGGUUAA